AGCCCAUCAUUUUACCAAACAAUAUUCAUUUUGUCUGGGUGAAAAUGGGGAAUAGUUUGGGAGUGAAAAAGAUGACCAAAGUGAUGAAGAUAAACGGGGAAACAAUGAAGUUGAAGACACCGGUGACGGCUGAGGAGGUGUUGAAAGAUCAUCCGGGGCAUGUUUUGUUAGAAUCGGAAGCGGUUAAGCAUUACGGUAUACGAGCGAAGCCAUUGCAGUCGCAUCAGAGGUUGGAGCCCAAGAGGCUUUACUUCCUGGUCGUGUUGCCCGAGGCUCCCAAAGAGAGAGUUCCGAGAAGGGUUCGGUCGGAUGUGACCAUGAGUGCUAAAGACAGGCUCGAGAGCUUGAUGUUGUCGAGGAGGUCGGUGUCGGAUCUUACGCUCUUGAAACCGUCGAUUGCGAUACCCGAAGGGGAUGAAGAAGGGGGACGAGGAGGAGCAAUGAGGGUGAAAAUGAGGCUUCCCAAGGCGGAAGUUGAGAGGUUGAUGAAAGGGAGCGAGAAUGGGAGAGAGGCAGCUGAGAAAAUCAAGCAACUUUGCAUGGGAAUGACCAGAAACAGCCCACGUGUUGAAGUCACCGAGCAGCGACAAGUGCAUUGGAACGGUGGCAAUGGAAGCACCGGUGAAGGUUUCAAGGCCCGUGAGAAACGAGUGAGUUUCAUGGGAAUGAAUGGAGGAGGAAGGCAAAUAGAAGUGACUUCUUAACAUACCAAAGAUAUU